ACGGUUUCCGUGAAUGAGCGAGCUGCCUCCUUGCAAGCAGCCAUAAUUGGGAUUAUUCAGGAAUAAUUCGCCUAAUCCAGCCGCGUUGUUUUGUUAUUUUUCCUUUUCGUAUUAUUAUUAUUCAUCAUCAUCAUCACCACCACCACCAUCUUCUUCAUCUUCAUCUUCAUCAUCGUUAUGACCAUCCUCUCAGUCGCAUCGUGAUCUCGACAGCGGUCGGCGAUGUGAAUCCCCUCGUGACAUCGCUGGAUUUGCCAGAAAUGCAUUUGUUCUGUCAUGGAGGGCUUUUUAUUUAUUUAUUUAUUUCUGCACAUAUCGUGGUGGACUGCUGAGAUGAUGUAGCCCACCUUCCGCCGGACAGCAACACAGACAAAAAAAACCACCACCACCACCACCAACAACAACAACAAAAGACUGCAUAUUGACAGUUCGGGGGGUAAAUACAUCUCCUUUUUUUCCUUCCUCUUCUUCUUCUUCUUCCUCUUCCUCCUCCUCUCCUGACUGAACGAUGGGAACAGGAGACGUGUCGAGGCUGUUGUCUGUGUGGACUAAUUGUUCUGGUGCCACGAGCCAACAUACACGCCAGGGCGAUUCAUUCAGGGGAUGCGCGAUCUCUCCUUUUUUUCCUCUUCUUCCUCAUCAUCUUCUUUUUCUUCUUCAUCUUCUUCUCCUCUCGGCCGUCUGUGGGUGGGUUUUAUUAUAAGCAUUGAAAAUCUGACAUCAUUUUUUUUGUUGUUGUUGGGAUUUAUACGAGCAGGAGAAAGAGAGAGAGAGGAGGGGGGGAGAAAGAAAAAAAAAAAACCAAGAUGUAUGUUUUUCGCGGCGUGUGUUUUCUAGGCUUCUAGGUGAUCCGGAUCCCUCGACGCGAUGCAACACAGAAUCUGUUUUUUUUUCUCUCUCUCUCCCUCGGAUGAUAUUUCAGACACACGGCAGAUGAACACAUCCCCUCGUCCUUCCUCCAUGAGGCUGUAGAAGGGGUGUCGGUGGAUGUUUUUUUUUUCUUUUCUUUUUCUUUUAUUUUGUUGUAUUUUGAUAUCUGUGGCAGAGAGUCCUCCUCCUCCUCCUCCUCCUCCAUCCUCUCGCCCUGCUCGACGAUCAGCUGUUGAUUAUCACAUAUCACUCCUCUUUAUGUUUAUUAUAUGUCGGCUUCCCCUCCGGAUGGAUGGAUGGAUGGAUUUUUCUUUUUUUUCCUCUUCUUCUUUUUCUUUUUUUUUAAAGGCAUAACAGGUGUUGUUUGAGCCCGAGAGCACAGCGAGGAAACAUGAGGCUUUAUUAUGUGUUCGUGUCUGCGUCUGACAAACAGUGAAACAAAGCGACUGGGAUCAUUUUCUUGGCUUUUUUUUUUUUUUUUCCUCUUUCCAUUCUCCGCCUUGAGAGAAGAGAAGCACAUCCCUCCCUAAAAGAAACAGGAGAGAAAAAAAGAGAAAAAGAUGAGGGGAUGAAAGGUGGUGAGGUUGUGGACAAAGAGGAAAGAUGAGUCUGUCGUGUAGAAAAGACCCUUACGGCCUCUCCUUGUAGAGACCAGAGAGCCGUGGGGAGACGACGGCAGUAGGAGGAUCGGUUGUGUGUUUUAAGAGGGCCUGAACCAGGCAGGCUCUUGCGGAAGGGGAUAGAAUGGCUAACCAGAGCUUUGCCAUCGAUGGCCCCGGCAGUCUGCUGGCUGUGAUGGAGAAUGGACUGGCGAAAGGCGGCAGCAGCAGCAGCAGCAGCGACAGCAGCAGCAGCAGAGGAGGGAUCUCUGCCACAGAUGUGUCUGCCUACUUUAAGCUGGUCUUCUUGGGUUUGAUCAUCUGUGUCAGCCUCGUAGGCAACCUCUUGGUCUCCAUGCUGGUCCUACGAGACCGGACACUCCACAAGGCUCCCUACUUCUUUCUCCUGGACCUGUGCCUGGCCGAUGCAGUGCGCUCUGCUGCGUGCUUCCCCUUUGUGCUGGUUUCCGUCCACAACAGCUCGGCCUGGACUUACAGUGCCUUGAGUUGUAAAGUUGUGGCUUUCAUGGCCGUGCUGUUUUGUUUUCACGCUGCCUUCAUGCUGUUCUGUGUCGCCGUCACCCGCUACCUUGCCAUCGCCCACCACCGAUUCUACGCCAAGCGCAUGACCAUCUGGACCUGCGCUGCCAUCAUUUGCAUGGUGUGGACUCUGGCCGUUGCAAUGGCGUUCCCACCCGUGUUCGACGUGGGGACAUACAAGUUCAUCCGGGAUGAGGAUCAGUGCAUUUUUGAACACCGCUACCUGAAGACCAACGACACCCUGGGCUUCAUGCUCAUGCUGGCUGUGGUGGUCCUGGCCACCCACGGUUUCUACGCCAAGCUGCUGCUCUUCGAGUACCGGCAUCGCAAGAUGAAACCGGUCCAGCUAGUGCCAGCCAUCAGCCAGAACUGGACCUUCCACGGUCCUGGGGCCACGGGUCAAGCCGCAGCUAACUGGAUUGCAGGGUUCGGUCGUGGCCCCAUGCCACCCACUCUGUUGGGCAUCAGGCAAAAUUUACACAAUCAACACCGGCGGCUGCUCGGGAUGGAAGAGGUGAGGUCAGAGAGGAGGCUGGGCAGGAUGUUCUACACCAUCACCCUGCUCUUCCUGGUGCUCUGGGCUCCCUACAUCGUGGCGUGCUUCUGGAGGGUGUUCGUCAAGUCCUGCACCAUCCCUCACCGGUACCUUUCCAUCACGGUGUGGAUGAGCUUCGCCCAAGCCGGAGUCAACCCCAUCUUCUGUCUCCUGCUCAACGAGGACCUGAGGAAAGUGCUGCGAGCUCACCUGCCCACCUACUGGAGGACUAAACAACACCUGCCCCAGGACGAGGCCUACUGCAUUAUGUGAUAUGACCUUAUUGAAGCGAAUGUUUCAGGUGUUGGAGGGGGAAGUCUGGAGACUAGGCGUGACGUAAUGCACCUUGAUUAAGUGUCUGUUUUGUUGUUUUUGCACAACAAAAUCCAAUUUUUUGCCAACAAAUGCAGGCACAGUGCCAUUUCAUUAAGAAUGUUGAUAUUUUUGAGUAAAUGUGUCAGGUGCACAGGUUUGAGCCAGGCGACGGGGGGAAAAAAGCCUCGGCUACCCCUUAAGUGGUUUGUAUUUCUGAUGAUGUACUGUAUGAUUACUAAGUAGGAAAGAUCACACACAAAAAAAAAAAAUCACCACUCCGACUAAAGUGUGACAGAUGCCAUUUUAAAAAUAAUGUUGCCUUAUUUCAGUGGGACACGCCCCAGAGCUUUCAACUGAGAAUUAGUUUCUGUGUCACAUGAGGCACAAAACAGACACACGGAGGGUUUAAAUCCUUGAAGAAAAUGUGCUGCGGACUGUGAAUAGAAAAGUGUUGAUCAGAGCGUUACUAACUCUGAAACACAUCAAGGAACUCAAAGGGGUCUGAAUGGAUUUAUAGACCACCCCCCCGGACGCCUUUUCAUGUAAUUCAAAGGAGACUGCAGAAUAUCGAAUGGACCCGAUAACCUUGGAUACAUUUAAAUAGCUGUUGUGAACCCAAGAAGCCCCUAACAUGCUUGAUUUUUUUGGACUUGAUUUAGGGCGUGUCAGGUUUCUUUGUAUCAUAAAAAAAAAAAAAAAAAUUGCCUGUUUUCCUUUUAUUUGUAAACUAUACAUGUUAAGCAGAUGACACUAUUUUGAAAUAUGACUUGAUUUCAUAUUGUAUAGACUGUACAGGAAUGUAUAUUCCUGCUUGUGUUUUUAUAUAGAAAUUGUGUGUAUGUGUGCGUGUGAGGAAGAGGUAGAACGAGCAGAGAGAGGGGAGGAGAGGAGGGAGGUGAGAGGAGGAGGAAAAAAAGCGAUGAUAGAAUAGGUUCCAGUAAUAUUGAGUCGGUAUGAAAGCAGCCUCAUCUUGGUGUCUCAAAAAUCAUGCAAAAUUGAAAACAAUCAUCAUGUGGAAACUUAUCCUUUAAAUGGAUUUCCGUAAAAAACUGAAAAUGUAGUCUGGUUAUUUAACGGUGACGUACAAGCAAAUGUGAACUAUAGACGGUUAAUGAGAAAAAGGGAGGGGGACCGAAUAAUUAGGAAACAACACUUGUACAUUGCAUCCACGGCCAUAGGAUUUUAAUGACUUGAAUGAUGAUGUAAAUUGCGUCGUUUAAAAAAAAAGAAGAAAAAAAAAGAAUAUUUAUUUGCAAAAUGAUGAUCUUGGGAAUGUUUUUAAAGUACUGUUAUGCUCUCUCCAGAAUUAACACAAGACAAAGAAGAAAUGAAGUGGGGCACUUAAUGCGAAAAGGAAACUUGAAUGUUUUACGAGGCCCUCUUAUAUUUUACUCCCCCCUUGACACAAAGGUCACCGUCUGGAGUGUCCUGGAUCACAAGUAAGCUCAGAAAAACCUUAAACGUGUUCAGGCUCCGGAGAUGUUUUGGAGUACGGCAGCCGGCUUAGACUACGUUAAGUCGUCUCUCCAAAUUUAAGAUUCAUGUGAUACAAAUGUCAGACCUACAGUAUGUGCAGGCAUAGAUAUACUUGUGCAGUCGAUUUUUCUAAACGUGGACACUUGCACAGCAUACUGUAUUAGCAUGCAUCCCACUGCAUUUCAUAGAUUCAAGACUGUGGAUUACAACUUGUACAGAUGUUGAAAGACGAAGUGAAAACGUGAACCGAGGUCCAUAAUUUUUACGUCUGGCAUUCCUUCGCGAGAUUAUAUUCUCUAACUGUACAGUUUAACUGAGAUGGUUCUUUUGUCCACUCAACAAUAAAGACUCUA